GAAAGCUUUGGCGGAAAGGAAAGUCCAGCGGCCAGAUGCAGAGCUGGAGUCGUGUGUACUGUUCCUUGGCUAAGGGAGGCCAUUUCAAUCGAACAUCUCAUGGUCUGCAAGGAGUUUCUGCAGUGCCACUGAGAACUUAUGCAGAUCAACCAAUGGAUGCUGAUGUAACAGUGAUAGGUUCUGGUCCUGGAGGAUAUGUUGCUGCUAUUAAAGCUGCCCAGUUAGGCUUCAAGGCAGUCUGCGUUGAGAAAAAUGAAACACUCGGUGGAACAUGCUUGAAAGUUGGUUGUAUUCCUUCUAAGGCUUUAUUGAAUAACUCUCAUUAUUACCAUAUGGCCCAUGGAAAAGAUUUUGCAUCUAGAAGAAUUGAAAUGUCUGAAGUUCGCUUGAAUUUAGAGAAGAUGAUGGAGCAGAAGGGUAAUGCAGUAACAGCUUUAACAGGUGGAAUUGCCCACUUGUUCAAACAGAAUAAGGUUGCUCACGUAAAUGGAUAUGGAAAGAUAACUGGAAAAGAUCAGGUCACCGCUAUGAAAGCCGAUGGCAGCCGUCAAAUUAUUGAUACAAAGAACAUUCUUAUAGGCACCGCUCUGCCAGAGAUCUCCAUCUCUCUCUUUAAAUUGAAUACCAAAGUUACUGGUGCUACAAAGAAGUCAGAUGGAAAAAUUGAUGUUUCUAUUGAAGCUGCUUUUGGUGGUAAAGCUGAAGUUAUCACCUGUGAUGUACUCCUGGUUUGCAUUGGCUGACGAUGCUUUACUAAGAAUUUGGGACUAGAGGAGCUUGGAAUUGAGCUGGAUCCUAGAGGUAGAAUUCCAGUAAAUACCAGAUUCCAAACUAAAAUUCCAAAUAUCUAUGCAAUCGGCGAUGUGGUUGCUGGUCCAAUGCUGGCUCACAAAGCAGAGGAUGAAGGCAUUAUGUGUGUUGAAGGGAUGGCUGGUGGCGCUGUGCACAUUGACUACAAUUGUGUACCAUUGGUGAUUUACACACACCCUGAAGUUACUUGGGUUGGCAAAUCAGAAGAGCAGUUGAAAGAAGAGGGUAUUGAGUACAAAGUUGGGAAAUUCCCAUUUGCUGCUAACAACAGAGCUGAGACAAACGCUGACAUGGAUGGCAUGGUGAAGAUACUUGGGCAGAAAUCAACAGAUGGAGUAUUGGGAGCACAUAUUCUAGGACCAGGUGCUGGUGAAAUGAUAAAUGAAGCUGCUCUUGCACUGGAAUAUGGAGUAUCCUGUGAAGAUAUAGCUAGAGUCUGUCAUGCACAUCCGACCUUAUCAGAAGCUUUUAGAGAAGCAAACCUGGCUGCACCAUUUGGCAAAUCGAUCAACUUUUAAAUUAGAAGGUUAUAUUUUUCUGAAAUUUCCUGGGAGCUUUUAUAGAGGUAACAUUUCUGAACAGGAAAUGCUCACAGCUCCAAGAAUUUCUAGGACUGAAUUACAAAACUUUUGGAAAGUAUUUAAUAGGUUUGGAC